GUAAAUGCCUCUCUCUCUCUCAACAACAAAAGUCAAAUCUCUAUAUUUUAGUUCAUACUACAGAUUCAAACUAAUCUUCAAACCGGUGGUUCAACUGAAUGUUAUUUUAAUAUGCCAGUUUAGUAUUUUACUUUUAAUCCAGGGACUUGCUUUUAAAAAAAGAAGGUCAAAGACCUUUCUUUUUCAACAAGGAAAAGGUCAAUCUUCUUUUAUUUAUAGGGUUGUUUUAACGACUUAAAACCCUAGUAGAAGACGAAUCCUACAACAGUGAAACGAAAACCCCAGAGGACACAUGACGAAUAAUCCUAUCGCUCCACCUCGUAAGAAAAAAAAGAAGACGAAGAAGCCUCCAUCGUUUUCAUCAAUUCCAGAUGAUGUCAUUGUGAAUAUCUUAGCUCGGAUCUCGAAAUCUCACUACCGUUCCCUCUGUUUAGUCUCCAAAAACUUCAACUCUCUUCUCUCUUCUCCAGAUAUCUACUUUGUUCGAUCCCUAAUCGGUAACACAGAAGCUUGCCUCUACGUGCGCCUAUGGGUACGAACUCCCUCCUCCGGUCAUCGUCAUAGGUGGUUCACUCUCGGCUACCGUCAGGGUCAGUUAACUUUAGUACUGGUAAGAGCACUCUCUUCCUCGUAUUCACCUGACCGGUUAAACUCAACCACUGUAGCCGUCCAUUCCGAAAUCUACCAGAUAGGCGGAAGCAACGAGAACAAGCCGACCAGAGCCGUUAGAGUUCUUGAUUGUCGGAGUCACACGUGGCGUAGUGCUCCCGACAUGAAGGUGGCUAGGAAACACGCAAUGUCUUACUUUUUAGAUGAAAAGAUAUAUGUGAUUGGGAGAUGCAAAAAGACAAAGGAAAAAAUGAGUUGGGGUGAGGUUUUCGACCUAAAGACUCAGACUUGGAAGCCGUUGCCUAAACCUCCUAGUCAUGAUAAUUACGUCGAUGGUGCAGUUUUUGGAGGAAGGCUAUACGUUUUCACCAUAAACAACGAGAAGUAUGCAUAUGAUCCUACAGAAGAAAGUUGGGUACAAGAGGCGGGGUUUGAGGGUCUAGAAGGUAUAACUGGACCUUGGUGCAUUAUGGGUAGUUUAAUAUUUGCUGAAUAUCACCGUAUGUACGUUGGGUAUGACGCAAGCAAUGGAAAGUGGUUAAUGGUUCAUGGUUUGGAUGAGGUUCACACGAAACGUACUAAAAAUUCCAGAACGAUUCAGUUAGUUAACCAUGGUGGGAAACUGGUAAUAAUAUGGGAUGUGUGGCAUAUGUGUCCGAGGGAACACAAGAGUAUUUGGUGUGCGGUGAUUAGCUUGGAGGAGCGUUUGACUCAAUCAGGUAAUAUCUUGUUGGGGAAGGUCGAACGGUGCAAUGUUGUUUUGGAUUUAGUCCACAAGUCAUAUAAGCUAUCAAGCUGCCAAUCGGUUUUGGUCUGAAACUCAUAUGUUUGCUUUCAACAUAUUAUAUUUCUGAUAAGAUUCCAUU